GCACGUGACACGCUCAAUACGCUCACUAUUAUGAUUUUGUUUUUGAGUUCAAGUUUGAAUUUGAAGUAUCCCUGUCACUGCAACAUGUCCGGACAACCCGAUGAGCCUGUCCCAAAAGUCCAAGAAGCACCGAAAAGACAAGCGUAAGUUUCCUUCACGUAGAGUCAUAACUACCGAGUAAUCCCUUGGACUAGCUUGGGACACUGAUGACAUUGAUCACGUAAGUGCUCUCGCGAGCCGAGUAGCAGUUCCGCUGACAAGAUGUGCGUGCAGUGGAAGAUCGAGUCUUUCACCCCGAGUGACAAUGCGGGCGGCGUAUUCACUGAAGAAUCUUCGUUUGCAACCUUAUUCCCAAAGUACCGAGAGAAGUACCUGAGAGAGGUUUGGAGUGCCGUUACUCGAGCCCUGGAUGCACACGGGAUCGCUUGUACGCUUGACCUCAUCCACGGAUCGAUGUCCGCCCGUACGACACGCAAAACGUUUGAUCCGUACAUCCUAAUAAAAGCGCGUGACAUGUUAAAGCUUCUUGCCCGUGGGGUCGCUGUAACGCAAGCAGUCAAAAUUCUGCAGGACGAUGUGGCCUGCGACAUAAUCAAGAUCGGAAACUUGGUGCGUAAUAAGGAGCGUUUCGUGAAACGCAGACAGCGCAUCAUUGGGCCAGACGGUAGUACGCUCAAGGCCAUUGAGCUUCUCACAAACUGUUACGUGCUAGUACAGGGUAGCACUGUCAGCGUGAUGGGGCCGCACAAGUCGUUAAAAGAGGUUCGACGCAUCGUAUUGGAUUGCAUGCGAAACAUCCACCCCAUAUACCGAAUAAAGGAACUCAUGAUCAAACGAGAACUCGCAAAGGAUCCGAAAUUGGCUAACGAAUCAUGGGAUCGCUUCCUACCGAAGUUCAGAAAACGUCAUCUCAAGACGUCCGAGAAAACUGCCCGCAAGAACGAGAAAGUUGCUGCCCAGACAGAGGCUCGGAAAGCAGCUGGUCUUGAACCUGAACAGCCCAAGAAAGAGAAACCGACUAAGAAGGUUUACACGCCAUUCCCUCCCCCUCAACAACCUCGCAAAGUGGAUCUCCAACUAGAGUCAGGAGAGUACUUCCUCAAGCGGCACGAAAAGCAGGCUAAGGAACUGCAGGAGCGAAAGCAAAAGCAAGCGGAAACGACGGCCAAACGUCAGGCAGAACGUGCAGAAGCCUUUGUUGCACCCACAGAACGCGCUGAGCCUCGUGUUGAGGAGAAGCGGAAAAAACGGAAGCGCGCAGAAGCUGAUGACACGAAUCGCAAAGAUAAACCAAGGAAGAAAAAGGCGGUGCGGUUCAAUUUGGAGGACAGUUGAUGAUAUGCUGUCGGGAAUCGCGGAGUAAACCUACUCGCGGGUAUCUGGUAUACUUCACUCUAUCACCAUGUCACUUGACAAGCAAUCUA